AUGUCAGCAACAAGCUGGUUUGCUCGUGACCACUCUUCAACAAAAACCACCGGUACUGAUGCAGCAAUUGCAGCAAAAUCAGAUUCCGCCAUUCUGAUGGCUUCAGUCCAUCCCGAGUUCACUCCGACUUGGGGUGACCCUUUUCGAACUCCUGAAUUUACCAGAAGCAUCACCUCAUAUGUUUCUGACUCGAUUAGCUUGUCAAGCGGAACUUCUCAUGAUGGCCAGGUGCCUUCACUUGAUUUUGAUCCAUUUCUUGCUUCUAACUCCAGUACACUUAACCUUGCAUGCUUUCCGUGUACAGCAAAGCUACCACUGCCACCCCACGACCAAUCACCCAUUCUGCCCUUGACGGACAGCAACAAUACGAAGCAACCUGCCACUCUCUCAGAUGUGACUCAAUCUACAUCCACAGGUUCUCUUAUCAAAUCUUUGAUUACGUCAAAUAUCCUCAAUUCUGCUUCUGGUGGUACCAGACUGGAUGCUGCUAGUGAGAUCUCUCACCGGGACACCAACAGUCCGAAUGAUUCUAGAAACGGAUCUGGAGUGGAUGUUAUUAUGGAAAUUGAGGAUGUGUAUGGUGCCAGCUUGUCAGAUAAUAAAAAUUCUGCGUCCAAAGGUAUUAUCGUUGAAUCUUCUAUCAUGUACAACGUUCCCACUUCUGCUUCAAGUGGUAUCAACAUGUUGCUGGACGCUGCUUGUGUAAUCUCUCAACGGGACACUGAUAGUCCGACAGAUGGAAAUCGAUCUGGAGUAGAAGUUUUUAUGGAUAUUGAUGAUGAUCAUGAUGGGGAUAUUUAUCCUGGACGGUAUGAACAAGUGCAGCGUGGCUUCACCAAUCUUGCAUUCAGCUGUGGAUCCAUGGCCGAGAAUGAUCAUUCACAUGAUCUUGCAAAAGAUUCCAAGUCAAAUUCAGGAAAAUGCCCAAUGGAAACUCCAACAGAUGACGUCGAUAGUUUAACUGUGUUCUGA